AUGCCGCUGGAAAUCGUAACGUCCCCUCUGCGAUCCUGGGAGACUGGCAUCGCCAUACUUAGUGGUAGGUCGGCAACAAGGCCCCUCGCAUGGCCUGAACCAGAGCUGUCGGUCGGCCGUCUGAUAGGCAAGGUUGGCAAGGUCGGCAGCGAGUCAUGCUGGGUGGCCAAAGGCCCAGCGAGAGACGCAUUCGCGACUCUGGCUCCAAAGAUCAAGGCCUAUCUUGAGAAGUCACACGAACCAGUAUCGAGCUGGGUAACAUGGUCCAUCUACAUGUUUGGCAAGUCAGAAAAGACUGCCAGUCCAGCUAUCCUGUUUUGCUGCGAAGUCGUUGCGCAUCGCAAGCAAGUGAGAAGUGCAAUUAAGGAUAGCGGCAUUCUCAACGAGUUCCCUGGUAUCAAGACGGCCCAUAUGGCUCGGCCGCCCGACUUCAAUCAGCUCGUUCAAUUGGCAGAUGAUGGCACCGAUCAACGACUUGUCCUUGCAUCCCUCGCGAGCAAUCCAUGCGGGAUGCCGUUGUUCAUUGAAUCAAGCAUGGACGACGGAACUGGUUAUAAGCAAGCUACUGUCGGUGGCAUCAUCCAGUUGUCGGAUAAAUUCUACUACACCACAGCAGGUCAUGUGUUCGAACCAGACACGGCCCCGAGCUACACAGAGGACGAGAACAGCGACGACGAAUUUGAGAUUGACGACGACGAAGAUGAGGUGGACGAAGUAGCAUCGGCGGCUUGUGAGAAAAACUGGUUGGCACAAGCCAACAAUGUCUCCAUGAGUCCGCGGUACGCAAGUUUGACUGAGGGCAGGAUGCCGCAGCCACCACUCUCGCCGAGCAUACAAGAUGUGCAAGCGACACGAGAGGAGCCACAAGGCAAGAGCCGUCGUGUUCUUGAAGAAGGACCCUCGCCGAGCACGUUCCUGCCCCUACAACCUCUGGGACACGUCUUUCUGCCCUCCCUCGACGAAUCACCUUCUGAUCUCGACUACGCCCUGAUCGAGGUGACCACGCCCAUUCACUGCACCGCGAACAAAUUCGACCCUUCAACCUUUUCUGCAAAGGGCGAAGCCACGAUUCAGCAUGUUGUCACAGACGGCCCCAAGGACGUCAAGAUUCUGGCCUCUACCUCGAGAGGAACGCUUACAGGAGUCAUGUCAGGCACUCCCCUGUACGCCCGCCUCCCUAACAGCAGUCUGUACCAAGAUGUCUAUAAUGUCCUCUUGGACUCGCGACUACAACCUGGGGACUGUGGCUCCUGGGUCAUCGACGCCGAGUCUGGGAACUUGUAUGGACAUAUUGUGGCUGGGUCCCCGGAUUCGGGUGCUGCAAUUGUAAUACCUUUUGCACGCAUAUUCGAAGACAUCGAAGCACGAGUAAAGCAUCGUCCUCGUCUGCCCCUCACCGGGGCCGCAUCCCAUAAUGAAGAACUAGACCUUGCUACGAACCUGCAGCAUACAAAGUCCAUUACAGCAUCCUCUUCUAAACCAUCGGAGCACAGCCACGAGUGGAUGUGCAACUUAAGCAGCCGAUUUGAGAAGCAGUGGCAGACCAGACUAUUGGGUGAACUGAAGCAGUCAAGGAUUACCCGGCGAGCAAUUGAACAAGCAGUUCCAUCUACUGAGGAUGAAACAACUCCGCCCUAUAGUCCGCCCACGGAUGGAAAGUCGGUUCCGCAGUAUACUGCAACUGACACUGGAAAAGCAUUACUCCUGUCACCCCAAAGCCGAGGACGAGUGCGGACACCUCUGUUUCCCCAGCCUCCGGACUUGAACGACCGGGACUCCCAAAAAUUCCGUAAGCUUAUGAUAUCCCUCUCUUUGACCCCGACGAAAUACGAGAACCCAGGAUUACUCGACGAGGCUCUGAAUAGCAUCCCGCUAGCGAGUCUCUACAGUGAAGCUGAAGAAGAGAGCAUGAUAUUACAAGCCGAAGCAGAGUCAUUUGGCGAUGGACGACGGCCCGAGUGGGGAUACAGUGACUGCCUCAUCCGGGCGAUGCUGCGAUGGUUCAAACGCUCGUUUUUCACUUGGGUAAACAAUCCAGCAUGUCCUAUAUGCUUGUCUUCAACCAUUGCAAUGGGGAUGACUGCACCAACCCCCGAAGAGUCAGCUUGCGGGGCUCAUCGUGUCGAGCUUUACAGAUGUUUGAAGGACGACUGCCAAACAUACGAACGAUUUCCUCGAUAUGCGGACGUUUGGAAGCUUCUUCAAACUAGAAGAGGGCGAGUCGGUGAGUGGGCAAACUGCUUUACGAUGUUCUGUCGGGCUUUGGGCGCCAGGGUCCGAUGGGUAUGGAGUAGCGAGGACCAUGAGUGGACCGAGGUGUACUCGGAACAUAAGAAGAGAUGGGUUCACGUUGACCCAUGCGAGGAAGCCUUUGAUCUCCCAGGUCUAUACGCCCAAGCCUGGAGGAAGAAACUUGGUUAUGCUAUAGCCUUCUCUAUUGAGGGCGCUACGGAUGUCACACGACGAUAUGUUCAGAAUGCGGAACAUGCAGCAGAGCGAAACCGCUGUCCAGAACCCGUCCUGCUGCACAUCAUGGAUGAGAUCAAGAGCCUCCGCCGCCAGAAUAUGGGUAAAGAGGAAAUAGCCCGACUGGAAGAGGAGGACAGAUGUGAGCAGCAGGAACUCAACGCCCGUGUCGUUUCGAGUAUCACCGCCGACUUGAUGGCCACGGCAUGGAAUCGUGUUGAGGAUUCUUCACGGAGAUCUAAGGCGCCGGGAGAGACGGCGAAACGCAGGAGUGGGAGAGUGGAAGAUGGACCUUUGGUUAUCCCUUGA